ACAGUCAGUCCCAGGAAUCUCAUAUUAUCAAACAUAACUGGUGGAGUAAAUUACCUGCAGAACAAAUCUGACAUUUAAAUUUAGCAUUAUGGCAAAAAUUUUCUCUCCGGUUUGCCUCUGUUUGUGUUUGUUAGUAAUUGAUGCUCGACCUCCAGAAGCGAAGGGCCAAGGAAAAGAUCGUGUCUACGAUCAAGACUUGUCGGAAGAAGAGCAUUUUAAGGAAGAAGAACACAACGCCGAAUAUGAUCACGACGCUUUCCUUGGAAAGGAGAAGAAGAAAUUUGAUGAGUUGACGCCUGAGGAAUCGAAAGAGAGACUAGGAAAAAUUGUGGACAGAAUUGACAAAGACAAUGAUGGAAAGAUCACACAGAAAGAACUGGAAGACUGGAUCAAAUUUACUUCCAAGCGUUAUGUCUUUGAAGAUGUUGACAGGCAAUGGGAACAGUUGAAAAAAACUGAAAAUGCACAUAUGACUCUUGAAGAGCGUUAUGUUGACAAGAAAGAAGUAGAUCCUAAUGGACCAAUUGGCUGGGAGCUGUAUAAAAACAUGACUUAUGGGUAUAUUCCAGAGGAAGAUGAUUAUGAGUACAAAGAAAUGUUAAAACGGGACAAACGGCGCUGGGAAAUGGCUGAUAUUGACAAGGACAAUCAAAUAUCAAAGGAGGAGUAUACUGCAAUGCUUCAUCCUGAAGAAUAUGAUCACAUGAAAGAUGUUGUUGUGGAUGAGACAUUAGAAGAUAUUGAUAAAGAUGGUGAUAAAGCUGUCUCUAUUGAGGAAUAUUUAGGUGAUUUGUAUCCAGAGAGUGAAAAAGAAAAGGACAAAGAAGAACCAGAAUGGGUGAAGACUGAAAGGGAACAUUUCAGAGACUUUCGUGACAAAAACAAAGAUGGAAAAAUGGACAGAGAUGAAGUAAAAGAUUGGAUCAUUCCUCCUGAUUAUGAUCAUGUUGAAGCAGAGGCCAGACAUCUUAUUCGUGAAGCAGACAUGGAUGAGGAUAAUAAGCUUACAAAGGAGGAAAUUGUUGAUAAACAUGAUGUCUUUGUUGGAAGCCAAGCAACAGACUUUGGAGAAGCCCUGACAAGACAUGACGAGUUUUAGGCCAUCUUCAAGAUUUAAGUUACUUAUGGAAGUUUCCAAAGAAUUAUAGCUAUUAAAGAUAUAUUUUUAUACAUCAAGCAAUUACAUGUCACAACUUAGUAUUUUAUAUGAAAAAGAAAAAAAAAUGGUUGGUGUUAAGGAAAAAAGAAAAGAGGACAAGUUGUAAUGUUGUUUUUUGUUUAUGAAAUGGCAGUUUUUUCUAGUGUUACCUGGAACUGUUUGAAGCAGUUCUUAUUACUGUGAACUUAGAAAACCAGGAAAAUCGGGGAACUUUUUUUUACGGAAUCUCUUUGUUUCCAAAGAGAAAAGGCAGUCUUUCAUGCGCAAACCAGUGGUGAUGAGGUUGUGGGUUUUUAGGUUUGCUUAACCUUUUUAAUCCCAGAAGUGAUUCACAUGUAACUUCUCCUUAUGAUAUCCAUACAUUAUCCAGCAAACAGAUAACGAGAACAUCCAAACUUAUCAGGAAAAACUUGCUAUCUUGAUCAAACACACAAUUCUCUUAACAAAUUUACAAGGAAAUAUGUAGCAGCUAGAAGGAAGAAUUAUGAAUCAGAUCAUAAUUAAAGGUUAAGUUUCUAGAA